CAUCUUCUUUCUGUUUGUUUUCUCUUAUAUAUUAAGAGCAUAAACAUGGUUAUCAAAACCAAGAGAGUUUUCCAAAUACCAUAAAGUCCUCAGAGAUUAUAACCCAAAAAAAAAAAAAAAAAAAAAAAAAAAAAAAAGAGAGAGAGAGAGAGAGAACAUUUGCAAUAUAGUUAAUUAUGAAAAGGAAAUAUGAGAAUAAAUUUCAUUUCAAUGUGUCAACGCUUGGGCAGUUUACAAGACAUUAUUGGCGACAAUCUAAGACGAAUGCCGCCAGGACGACUGCUUUCAUCUUCUUCUCCAUCUUCCUCAUUCUUGCUGUCUUAGUUUUUGCAGGCGGGAUUGAUAAUUUUUAUUUUCCAGGUGUUUACUCUCAUAAUUCAACUCUAACAAUAACAACAAAAAAAGCACCAAAAAGGGCCGAAUUUCAACUCAUCUGUGCUAAAGGAAAUGAAACACAAGUUUGUCCAACAACCUAUCCCAUUUCCCACCACAACCCCAUAAUUAAUCCUAGCCAUUCAUCAAGCCCAAAGUGUCCAUCAUACUUCCGAUGGAUCCACGAAGAUCUCCGGCCAUGGCAAGAGACCGGAAUCACCAGAGAUAUGGUGGACCGGGCCCGAAGGACCGCCCACUUUAGGCUAGUGGUUGUGAAUGGCAAGGCCUACAUUGAGAAAUAUAGGCAGGCAAUACAAACUAGAGACAUUUUCACAAUAUGGGGUAUUCUGCAACUUCUAAGGCUUUACCCUGGUAGAUUGCCGGAUUUUGAGCUUAUGUUCGACUGCGAUGAUAGGCCGGUCGUCCGAUCGGAGGACUUCCACGGCCCAAAUGAUGGACCACCGCCAUUGUUUCGGUAUUGUGGGGAUGAUUCAAGCUUGGAUAUUGUGUUCCCAGAUUGGUCUUUUUGGGGCUGGGCGGAGACAAAUAUAAGACCAUGGAGUAUUGUGUUGGAGGACAUAAAAGAAGGAAAUAAGAAAACAAAGUGGAAGGAUAGAAUUCCCUAUGCUUAUUGGAGAGGUAACCCACAUGUGACUCCAACUAGAAAAGACCUUCUCAGUUGCAAUUCUUCUCAAGAAUCUGACUGGAAUACUCGCCUCUAUAUUCAGGACUGGGACGAACAAAUUAAACAAGGAUUCAAAGACUCCAAUGUAGGAGACCAAUGCACCCACAGGUACAAAAUAUAUAUAGAAGGAUGGGCAUGGUCUGUGAGUGAAAAAUAUAUUUUGGCUUGUGACUCCAUGAACUUGUACAUAAAGUCUCAAUUCUAUGAUUUCUUCAUAAGGGGAAUGCUACCGUUGCACCACUACUGGCCGAUUAGGGACAACUCCAAAUGCACCUCUCUUAAGUUUGCCGUAGAUUGGGCCAACAACCACACAAAUCUGGCAGAGGCCAUAGGGAAGGCAGGGAGCAAGUUCAUACAAGAGGAUGUGAAAAUGGAGUAUGUGUAUGAUUACAUGUUUCAUCUGUUAAAUGAAUAUGCAAAGCUAUUGAAAUUUAAGCCAAGUAUAAAACCUCUUGGAGCUGAAGGAACAUUAAUGGAGGUUUGUUCAGAAACAAUGGCAUGCUCUUCAAAUGGAAUAUCGAAUAGGUUCAUGAGGGAGUCAAUGGUGAAAUAUCCAAGUCAUUCACUUCCCUGCACUCUUCCUCCAUAUGAUCCUCAUGUUCUUGCUGAUUUUUUUGAGAAAAAGGCCAAUUUAACCAGGCAGGUAGAAAUUUGGGAAGAUGAGUAUUGGCAUAAAUCUAAUUAGUAUGAAUAAAAUUGAUAGAUGUAAGUUAUUUCUUUUAUUGAUAGAUAUAAGAUAUAUCUUGAUUUGUAAAAUUUAUCCUUGAUUUACCCUUUUGGUGUUAAACUUAUACAAGGUUGAUAGAUGAUUUGAAAUCAAAUUUACCAAAUUUCCUUGGUCACUUGAAUGCUCUUCAUAUAUUAUAAUUAUUCUUGCAGCUCUCCUCUCCGUAGAUCAUCUGAAAAACAAAACAAAAUAAAAAAAAAAUAAAAGGUUCUUGUCAGGACCCGUCCAGAAUUCCUCCUCCGGAACCCUAGACAGCCCUGAUCCCAGGGAAAUACCACCGAACCUUCCAACGGAAAAUCCGGCAGCACCUCCCCUAAGGGAUUUACUUACCACAAAUUUACCUGCACUGAAAACACACUUCAAAAAUAUCCCCUUAUUCCUCCCACAAACUACAAAUUGGUUCCACAAAUUGCAGUACUUAAAAAAAUAAAUACAGUAAUCCAGUGCAAAAUAAAUACAACAAGAGUGAAAGAAAUAUUACAACUGCAAUAAAAGAAUAACAGGGUACUGCCGAACUAAAACAGCGAGGAAGAUCAAGUCCGCUCCGAGUGAACACCGACAACCUGGUACCUAGAGGAACGGAAUUUAAGAGUGUGAGAUGCUAAUCAUCUCAGUGAGCGACCCUACUACUAUACCAUAUAAUAUCACAGUAAUAAGUAUAAAUAAUAAUUAUUUGGAAAUAUAUUUUCUCUCAAAACCCUUACAAUUCUCUCAGUUGGAAAGGUUCCCCUUUUAAAACAAUUUCACAAAACCCUUUAUUCAUAUUCCCCGAAAACCAAGACAUCAAUUAAAUACCAGAAGCGGUAACAAUUCUAUGUUUUAAUUCCAAUUCAGUUUCCAAACAUUUUAUUUUUAAAACACAGUUCUGAAAAUCAUUUGAUGCACCCACUAUAUACCAGUGGCGCCAACAGUACCCAGCGUCCCAAGGUACCGCCAGACAGGAGGUUAUAGAAAGAAACCGGCAUACGGUCGCGUGGCGUCCCACUGCGCCGCUGCUAACCUGGUGUCCCGGCCAAAGGGGGGUGGCCGCCCUCUCCGAUGGCAUCCACAGGACACCCUCAUAAUAUCAACCGCGCGCUACUCACACCCACCUGCGCGCUAAUCACAUCACCUGCGCGCUAAUCACACCCACCUGCGCGCUAAUCACAACCGUGUGCACACUAACCAUAUCACAUAUACCAUAUCACAUAAUCAGAACACCAGUACGUGCACGGUGCAUCUAAAAAUUAUAAAAUCCGCAAAUUUAAAUUAUAAAACAAAUUUCACAUUUUUCAUAAGCAUAGCGGGCAUAAUCCAUCCGCUUGAACCGGGAAAUUCUCCACAAUUUCCUUAUAAUCAAUGCCAUAAAUUCCAUGAUUUUCAAAUCCACCAACUCCCAAAUCCAUCAAUUCAAAUAUCCACAUUUUUUCCAAGCAUAAUUAAUUUCUCGAAAUAUCAUAAUCAAAUCCCAUAUUAUUUUAUGGGCAUAUUUCAUAAAAAUUGAAAUCACCAACAUAACCAAAUAUUUUCCUUGAAAUAUUUGAAAAUCAAAUCGUGCCCAAUUUACCAUUAAAACCACACCAAUUUCAAAAUCCUCAAAACCAUAAAAUAAUUCCACACGGCAUAAAUUUGUAGAAUUCGCAUUUUCUUAAAUCCAAUAAAUUCAUAAAUAAUUCUACAAUAAAUCCAAUAAAUAUUUGGCACAUAGAAAUUAAAUUCCAAAUAUUUAAUUCACACAUAAUAUAUUCAUCAAUUAAAUUCCCCAAAAUUAAUUUGAAGGUGGGUCACUCACCUGGAGCACGCAAUUAACCCAUGAUCCACUACGGGAUCAAUUCUACGACUCACCGGUGCUCCUAGAACAAAAUUCACAGACAGUCAAAUAAAUUAAUAUUUUAUUCGGGUAAAUAAUACCCGGUACCCGGGGGGUCAAAACACAAACGAUAUCUAGAAUUUACGAAUCAUAUACCGAAUCGAAGCUCGAGUGAUGCUAAUCACAGAUCCGGUCUUAAUUUCCGAUGAUCGUACCCGACGGGGUUUGAAUUUUAUCGGGAAGCUUUUCGGGUUUCGGCUUCGCAAUUCUCCCAAACCGUCGCGAAUUGGUGGAAACGGAAGUCGGAUUUGGGUUCAGGAGGUCGAACACUGCGGACUGGAGCUGGCCGGAAUUUUCAGGGUACUCGCCGGAACAGUACUUUCCGGCGGCCGCCACGUCACCGGCAACCGUCGCCGGAACAGUAAUUUCCGACGGUGGCCGUUUGCUGUGAAAUUUUGCAGAUUUGUAGAUCGUGAGGAGAGCAAUCCAACGGGACCGACGGUGAGCAAAACGGAGGUCGGACGGCGGAGAAAUCACCGUUUGAAGAUUUUCGACCCCUCGCCGGAAAACGCUCCGACCCCGGCGCGUCGGUGGUCCGAUGGCCGUGAUUUUUGGUGGGUAGGCCGGACUUGAGGAGAGGAUGCUGGGUGUAUGGCGCGUGUACUGUUUAUCGGCCGGAAUAGUGCCGGUUCGCGGUGGCCGGCGGUGGAGGGGAAAAAUCGCCGCCAAACUUCGGACGUCCGAUCCGGGCGCGUCCGGCGGCCGUUCGCCGUGAAAUUUGGAGGUUUUGCCGGAAAUGAGGUGGGCAAGCUUUCUGUCCGGCGCGUGUACAGUAACUCGGCCGGAACAGUGACAAAAUCCGGUGGCCGGCGGUGGCUCUUUCUCUCUCCUCUCUCUCUUUCUCUCUCUUCUCUCUCUUUCUCUCUCUUCCCCGAGUGUUUUAACAAAUAAAACCCCUGCAUGACACUGUUCAUGCCACGUGGACCAAUCAGAAACUGACACGUGGCGUUUCACUGUUCACCGACCCAAAAAAAAAAUAUUAAAAUAAUACGGUAUCCGGUAAACUUCAAACGUCCAUAACUUUUUAACCGGAUGUCCGUUUUGAGCGUGCCGCUAGUCUAUGAACUCGUAUCGACGAGUACUUUACAACCAUACAAGAGUCAACUCACAAUUACAUCACAAGAAAAAGUCAACUCCCGGCACCUUUUAGACAGUUUACACUUCAACUUGUUUUGCCCAUAACUUUCAAACCGUAGCUCCGUUUUCGACGUGCUACUAGUCUACGAACUCAGGGCGUCAUGCACUUCGCCACGG